CGUCAUCAACCAGCGACGAAGUUGCGUACACAUAUGCGACCGUCACCCAGUGCUAGUUUCAAUUCAACUUUAAGUAGGAUUCACUAACGCGAACAAGCGAGUACUUGGGGAAGUGUUGUCAUCAACGACAUGUUCCAUGACAGCUCACAGAGAAAAUACUGGACGUUUAACAGCGAAGAAGAAGUGGAACUGUUAAGAUGUGAAGCCAACCAGAAGUUCAGGAAAAAGGCGCUAGAUAGCGGGAAGCACAAAAUAAUUGAGUCCAUCUUCCUGGAGCGUCAUGAAGAAGACAUUCUCUUCAGAAACUAUGAGAGGAGGCUGCUGGACUUCUGCAAUGUGUUCAAGCCUACAAUGCCAAAAUCUGUUAUUGGAACAGCCCUCAUGUACUUCAGAAGAUUCUACAUGAACAACUCUCUCAUGGAAUACCAUCCAAGGAUUAUCAUGCUGACAUGCGCGUAUCUGGCCUGCAAGGUGGAUGAGUUCAACGUCUCCAAUAGCCAGUUCGUGGGCAACCUUGUGCAGGAGACCACAGCAGAACAGGAGCGGGUUUCAGAACAAAUCCUGGAGUACGAGCUGCUGCUUGUUCAGCAACUCAACUUUCAUCUGGUAGUCCACAACCCCUACAGACCCCUGGAAGGCCUGCUCAUUGACCUCAAGACCAGAUAUCCUACACUGGAGAACCCGGAGUCACUGAGGAAGAGUGUUGAUGACUUUCUGGCAUAUGCAGCCAUGACAGAUGCAGGGCUGCUGUUUUCUCCAUCACAAAUCGCCCUUACUGCUAUCCUGAGUGGUGCCUCAAGAGCUGGUCUCAACAUAGAGAGCUACCUGACUGGAUGCUUGGGACUGAAGGAUGACAAAGAAACCCUCUCCAAGAUGUUUGAUUCCAUGAGACGGAUUAAAAACCUACUAAAGAGAUACCAGCUUCCACAACCUCAGGAGGUGAAUGUCUGCAAACAAAAGUUGGCAAGGAUACACGCAGAAUUUGGCACAAGUUCAAACAACAAACGCAAGCGAGGCUAUGAGGAGGAUGGCCACGUCGCAAAAGAGCCACGCUUGACAGAAGAGGAAUGGACUGAUGAAGACCUGAUAUGAUAAUUUCAAUUUGUGUGACCGACCUCCUUCCACUGCUUAAUUGCAGUACAAUGGGGUAAAUUGCCAUUCAUCAGCAAUUGUUUGCUUCCAUUCUGUGACUAAAAAAAAUAAAAGCUAUUUUUCUAAA